AAUGUUUUCUUUCCUCUGCCACAGCUUGAAGUGUCUCUCCCUAUGUGAGCCCUUAUGGGAAAUGUCACUGACGUUUCUGAUUCGUAGCUGGAAAUUACUCCCAUCCUGAGGGAGGCUGCUCACUUGUGUUUCUGUCAAAGGUUUAUUCAUCACACAUCUCUUGCAAAACAGCUAAACAGUUCCCUUGUACAGCGUGAGUAAAAGACAAUUGAAUUGAAAUGGACAUCCCUUCUGAAGAUUAUGACAACUACUCCAACGCAUAUGAUUACUAUGACUUUGAGGAGACACCCCAUGAUUCUGCAUACCCUCAUGCUCUCCACAUCGUGUCCAUUGUCAUCUACUCCUUGGCAUUUCUUUUAGGAGUGCCUGGAAAUGCUAUGGUCAUCUGGUUUACUGGUUUCAGAUGGGAAAAAACUGUAAGCACCCUAUGGUUUCUUAACCUGGCCAUUGCUGAUCUGAUCUUCGUCUUGUUCCUUCCCUUGCAUAUCACUUAUGUGGCUACUGACUUCCACUGGCCUUUUGGAAAAUAUUUCUGCAAGAUCAACUCUUUCAUUGCUGUGCUCAACAUGUUUGCUAGUGUAUUCUUCCUUACUGUGAUUGGCCUGGAUAGGUACUUAUCUUUGGCUCACACAAGGUGUGUACAAAGACACAGGACACUAAGAAAAUCAAUGGUUUUGAGUGGUAUUGUCUGGAUAUGCGCUGGCAUCAUUGCUGCUCCUGCUCUUUAUUUCAGAGACACAACUGAAAUAGACAAUUCAAUCACCAUCUGCUUCAACAACUUCCACGACUAUGAUCAUUCUGUCAUGAAGAAGACUCACACUGUUCUUACACUAAUAAGGUUCUUUAUUGGAUACCUCUUUCCUCUUCUGACUAUGAGUGUGUCUUACUCAUUACUUGCCAUCAGGAUAAAGGACAAAAAUGCACUGGGUUCUAGUAAAUUCUUCUGGACUGUCUUUGCUAUUGUCGUUGCUUUUUUUGUUUGUUGGACUCCCUACCAUAUUUUUAGUUUGCUGGAACUGAAUGUCCAUCACAGUAUUGAAUUCCGCGAGUGGAUCAGAAUUGGUAUGCCCAUCUCCACAAGUUUGGCCUUUAUAAACAGUUGCCUUAACCCAAUCAUUUAUGUUCUGAUAAGCAAGGCAUUCGUGGCACAUUUGGGAACCUCAGUAGCAGAGAUAUUUAAACACACACUUCGAGAUAUAAGCCAGACCGGUGUUAAAAGUGAGCAGCUGGUGGACUCCAAAAGCAAUCCGACUGUCUGUGAGACAGUGUGGUGAACACAAAGAGAUAUGAGAAUAAUUCUACAGUUUUACAUUUUUUAUAAGCCCCAACGAUGUUGCAUAUCAAACAAUUUAUACACAAAAGUGCAGCUUUUUAUUUUGUAAACCAGGGAACAUCUACAGCUUAUAUGUAAUUAGUAAUUGUCAUCCUUAUAAGGCUCUUAUAACAACUUUCAGUAGAGUGUAGAGGAACAUAUACCUGGGUGACUUGUAAUGAAAGUUGAACACUAGCAGCUACAGGUAUAACUCCUGAAACACUUGCUGGCUCUACUUUGAUCAUAUAAUUAGAGGAAUGUAUCUGUGUCAGCGACUGCCAUAGAUUGCCUUUGCUACUAGUAGUGCAUUGAGCAAGCACUGAGAUAGUACUAGUGACUUCUGUUAUUGUAGCACUUGUAUAUUUUAUCUCAUUUUGACUUUUGAUAGUGACAUUAACAUGUUACCGUUAGUAUGAAUUAUGUUGCAGUACUGAGGACUGGUUUUCCAGCCAUACACUUCGCUGAAACAAAUGUUCAUUUUGCAACUAGCAGAUCUUUGCCUGAUGUGGCAACUCAGAUGCUUGGGAAAAAAGGACUGAUCUACUGAUCAAAUGCCAACCUCACAAUUAAGGAUGUUCUAGCUGAGGUGUUGGUCCCAUACAGGGGAAGAUAAGCUGCCAGCUUGUUCAUGGCCACGUUGACAGGCAAUAUUGGCCAUAUAUGAACUACUUUAUUAUAAAACCUUUCAUUGUAUAUUUUAUAAUUAUAUUGCUCAAUUAUAUUAUAGCCUAUCCUUGCUAUAGUGUUGAAAACUUCAUUCAACAAAAGAAUACUUUGGCUAUACAGGUAGAGAAGUAAACAUAGGUAUUAAAAUGCACUAAUACAUUUACCCAUAGCAUUGUUUUCAUAAUCUAACUUGCUGAAGACUCACUUAAACUAAUUGCCAAAAGGCUGCUAUUGUUAACUACAAAGUAAAAAUGAGUACCCAUUACAUUAAAGUAACACCCCUGCCUCAAAGUAUUGUAGUAAUAUGGGCUAAAUUUGCCCAUGUCGAGAAAGUCGAGCAUCAGACAAAUGCUUUCAUCAUUGUAACUGCAAUAGUUUAGUCUAGCUGUUGAUCUAUUUCUGUAAGUCAAGGGUCCCCAACCUUUUUUAUCUGUGAGCCACAUUUAAAUGUAAAAAAAGUCGGAGAGCUACAUAAACAUGCAAAAAGUUCUUGAAUGGUUAUUGGUAGCCCUAUGUGGACUAGCAGCCUACAGGAAGCUCUGAUUGGCAGUACACCUGGUAAACUUUCAACCAAAACUUACUGCCAAACCUGGAAUUCAAAAAUAAGCACCUACUUUGAGGCCACAUAGAGCAACAUCCAAGGUGUUGGACAGCAACAUGUUGCUUAUGAGCCACUGA